AUGUUGUUGUCACGGGGGCUGCUAGCCUCUACACUCCUUCUCGCCGUCGAGGCACAAGAUGGUAUCGACCAAGCCGCAGUCAACAUUGCUACCGGAUUUGCAGAGACUCUCAUUCAACAUGCUUAUACUACUCUUAACGGAGAUUCAGGAGGUUCUGGUGAUGCUGGAAGCGGUGGAAACCAGGGCCAAGCUUUCGAUGCGAGUUUACUCGACAAGCAACAGAAUGCAGCCGACAACGAUGCCACCGUCACACAGGUCAUACAGGGCCAAGUUACUGUCGAGACAUACACUCGCCCCGGAGGAGUACUAUUCCCCGUGACACUCCUUCCACACCCGAGAAUUACGCUUGCUCCGACUCGUAAUGACCCUUAUGAAAGGAUCAUUCAGGCUUAUACUGGAGGUAACGAUGCCACUACGAACCAGGAAAUCACAAUUGCCGAGCCCUCUGGAACAAACCCGGGUACUAUUCUUGUCGAUAUUCCUGGUACUGCUUAUUCUUCUUUCUCAUCAGGCCAGGCCGGCGCGUUGACAAUUCCCCCUUCAAACGACAACCCGAUAGCCACGAUUAUCUCGGCGUUGCCUAGUGGUGUUGCCAUCACUGGCGAGGCUACAAGGACAAUUCCCGCGGCCGGAAAUGCCCCUGCGACUGUUGUUAUUCAGACUCCUUGGGCAGACGUGCCACCAAGUACACCUGGUGUUGGAGGUGCUGGUGGUGGCAACGCUGCAGGCAGUACAUCCAACGUUUUGGUGAUUCAAACAUACACCGGAACUGAGUACAUCACCCAGGCUCGGGUUUCCACCAUUGUUGGUUCUGGAGGCGAUCAGGGCACAGUAGUUGUCCAGGUCCCUCAAGGUAACCAGAACCCCGGUGGUGCUGUCACGAUCCCUCCAAGUGACGGCGGCCAUUUUACCACAAUUCUCAGGCAAUACACAGGAGUUUCUGCUAUAUCAACUCCUGUCACAAUCCUUGUCCCAACAUCGGCAGGACAGGACGGAACAAUCAUCAUUGAGACCCCUGGACCCUCGAGCACAUCCGGUAGUGGUGGAGAUAGUGAUCUCCCUGAAAACCAACCGCAGGUUAUUCCACCCAGUGGCGAUAACCCUUAUUCUACGAUCUUGCGACCUCACGCAGGUUCCGAUCAGAUUACUGAACCUGUCACUUACACUGUAUCACCAUCUGGUACCAAUCCAGGAACGAUCAUUAUUGAGACACCGGCUGUGCGCGCUGGUCAGCAGGUUAUCACACUUCCAUCUGACCCCAACAGUGGUUACAUAACGAUUGUCAGACAGCCCAACAGUGUUAUCACUGCACCCAACACGAUCACAAUCGCACCCUCCGGUGGCCAACCAGGAACGAUCAUCAUCGAGACUCCUGCCCCUCAACCCGGCGAUGUCGAGAUCACAAUUCCUCCUGGUCAGGACGGUUCCUUCGUUACCAUUAUCCAAGGUCCCACAGGAUCCAAUGCUGUCACAGCCCCUAACACGAUCACAAUCACUGGGGCUCCUGGCCAGCCAGGAACAAUUAUCAUUCAGACCCCAGUGCCUUCUGGAGGUGGACAGAUCACUCGAGGGCCUGGUGAUCCUUUCACCAUUCCCGCUGGAUCGGGUCAAUAUGUCACCAUUUUCCGACCUCAUAGCGGUGAUCCAAUUUCGGUUCCGAUUACGCUCACCCAGCCAGGUACAAAUGGUCAGCCAGGCACUAUCAUUAUUGAGACGCCUGAUCCGACUACAUCUGCACCAGGAAGUGGUCCUAUUACCAUUCCUGCUGGAGGUAACAGCCCCUAUGUGACUAUCUAUAGGCCACAUAGUGGAAGCCCUAUCAGCGCACCAGUCACGAUCACCAUCCAACCCAGUGGUACCCAGCCGGGAACUAUUAUCGUCGAGACACCAAUACCAACGCUUGAGACCCCCAAGGGCCAGAAUGUGGUGACUUCCCCUGCUGCGGGUGGCCAGCCGAUCACCGUCACUGAGACUGAACCUGGUGCGACCGUGACGGUUCAACCUGAUAAUCCUGAUGGAUAUACAACCAUAUAUCGACCACAUACAGGUGACCUAAUCUCUGAGCCUAUCACCGUCACAACGAUUAGUGGUUCGAACGGCCAGCCGGGAACCGUUAUCAUUGAGACCCAAGGCCCCUUUACGGUCACUGCCACGGGUCCCGGCGGUACUGCCACUAUCUACACUCCUGGAUCAGAUGUUAGCACCACAGUUACGAAGACCGUCACCUUGACAGCUUCAGGAGGUCAACAAUCUACCGCGGUUGUUAUUGAGACUCCACCUCCAAUUAAGGUUCAACCCACAACUGCAAUGGUUACGGUGACUGGCCCUUAUGGAUAUGUCACGGUUACUGAACAGUACACCGGGACGAGUGUUAUUACGGCCAUCUUUACUACCACAAUCACUGGAUCUGGUACAAAUCCAGGAACGGUUUACAUUGAGACACCGCCACCAAUCAAGUUCGCACCCACUUCAAUGGUCUCUGGCACCGACAACUAUGUCACUGUCUAUGAACCGUUCCCCGGCCCAGGCAUCAUUACGGCACCAAUUACCGUAACGCAGGCUACUCCUUCCGGUGGGCAGCCGGGUACAGUGAUCAUCCAGACUCCCGUUGCGGAUACCCCCGCGACUACACCAUUGCCAGACCCUACUACCACACAGGGACCUGAUGGUUAUGUCACUGUGUAUCUUCCGUUCCCUGGCCCUGGUGUCAUUACCACGUCCUAUACCAGGACUCAGGCCCCUUCAGGUGGAAAUCCUGGAACAGUAUUCAUUACAACGCCAGCCCCUCUACCUGCUACAACUUCUGAGGCAAACCUCCCUAGUACUACUUCUGGAACAGAUGGUUAUGUGACAGUUUUUAUCCCAUAUCCGGGACCGGGCGAGAUCACUGCGCCCAUCACCAGGACUCAGCCACCCGCAAAUGGCCAACCUGGUACUGUCUUCAUUACCACGCCUGUCCCUGCGUUCACUACACCGAAGCAGAUGAAUGGGUUAACUUCCACGUCUCAAGGAACAGAUGGUUAUGUCACAGUUUUUGUUCCUUACCCAGGACCAGGCGAAAUCACUGCACCCAUCACAAGCACCCAGCCGCCUGCCAAUGGUCAGCCUGGUACUGUUUGGAUCACUACACCUGUUCCUGCAUUCACUACACCAAAACAGAUGAAUGGGUUGACUUCCACUUCCCAAGGAACAGAUGGCUAUGUGACAGUAUUCCUGCCCUUCCCUGGCCCAGGUGUAAUUACUGCUCCUAUAACAAGUACUCAACCCCCUGCUAAUGGCCAGCCCGGAACCGUUUUCAUCACGACGCCAGCGCCGCUGUCCACUGAUCAGCAGAACGUGGCAACCACUACACCUGGUGAUCAAUAUGUGACCGUUUUCCUGCCCUUCCCGGGUCCUGGUGUUAUCACUGCACCCAUUACCCGCACUCAGGCACCGUCUGGUGGUAACCCAGGAACUGUGUUUAUCACGACACCGACUCCUGAGACUACGGCCCAGCCCCAGACUUCUGCCCUUACUACGGAUAACUAUAUCACCAUUUACACCCCCUUCCCAGGACCAGGUGUAAUUACCGCACCUAUCACUAUUACCAAGCCGCCGUCCAAUGGUCAGCCCGGAACAGUUCUUAUUGAGACUCCUGUUCCAUUGAGCUCUAUUGCCGAUACCUACGUGACGGUCUACAGACCCUAUCCAGGCCCUGGAACGAUCACUGCACCAAUAACCCUGACUCAGGCUCCUUCCAACGGCCAGCCCGGUACGGUGUUCAUCGAGACUCAGCCAACAGAAACGCCUACUCCAACAACGCAAACUACUGACGGCUCUACUCCUCCUAUUACCAUCCCUCCUGAUCCAACUGGUUCUUAUGUGACAAUCUACCGACCGUAUCCUGGCCCUGGCCAGAUUACAUCUCCCAUCACAUACACUCAAGCCCCUGUGUCUGGGCAACCCGGUACAAUCAUCAUUGAGACCCCCAAUCCUGAUGCCAAUACUGCCACCCAGACAGGACCAGUUACUGUUCCUACCGGAAGCAACAACCCAUAUAUCACAGUAUACAAGCCUUACCCUGGCCCCGGCAACAUUGAUCAGCCUAUCACCAUCACUGCUGCGACUCCCUCGGGUGACCAGCCAGGCACGAUCAUCAUUGAGACACCUACACUGGAGGUCAACACCAAGUUUGCGCCGUCGCCGACUUCUUCGCCUCCAGUUACCAUCCCGGCUGACAACAACAACUAUGUCACUGUCUAUAGGCCACACACUGGAUCACCUAUUACUGCGCCAAUUACUGUCACGACCAUUGAACCUUCAGGAGGUCAACCUGGCACUGUGAUCAUUGAGACACCUGCUCCUGAGGCCCCAACUUCUUCCUCUUCUGACGAGCCUCAAACCACAGCGUCUGCUGUCACCACUUCGGAUGGUAACGCUGACUAUGUGACUGUAUACAGACCCUACCCCGGACCUGGAACAAUCACUGCCCCUCUUACAGUUGGAACUGUUGCACCAACUAAUGGCCAGCCUGGAACGGUCAUCAUUGAGACACCUGUGCCUCAAACCGCGCCGGAGACCACAUCAUCACCCGAAGUUACUUCUACUCAAGGAACUGAUGGUUAUAUCACGGUCUUCCGACCAUACACCGGCACUGGCCUCAUCACAGCGGCUAUCACUGUCUCCACCAUUCCUCCAUCUAAUGGUCAACCAGGAACCAUCAUUGUCGAGACGCCUGUGCCUCAGGAUCCAACGACAACAACUGGUGAUUCUACGCCUGUCACAAUUCCACCGGGACCCGGAAACUCGUACGUGACGGUCUAUAGACCUCAUACGGGUACUGACGUUAUCACGGCACCUGUGACAAUUACCACUAUUGAAGGAGUUAACGGUCAGCCCGGGACAAUCAUCAUUGAGACACCAGUACCUCAGGCGGCAACUUCGACAGAUGAGACUACCGAGGCUGCGCCGUUGACUAUUCCACCCGGUCCGGACAGCUCCUUCAUCACUGUGUACAGGCCACAUACAGGAACUGAUGUCAUUACGGCACCUGUGACCGUAACUACGAUCCCAGGUGUCAAUGGGCAACCGGGAACAAUAAUUAUCGAGACUCCCGUGGCCCAGGAUACCAAUGCGCCUAGCACAGCCCCUGCAAGCCCUGGCAGUACCUAUGUCACCGAAUAUCGUCCAUAUCCUGGACCAGGCAAUAUUGAUCAGCCCAUCACGGUCACAACUAUCGAGCCCUCCAACGGGAACCCGGGAACUGUUAUCAUCGAGACACCUACUCCAGAUGUCAACACGAAGGUUGCUCAGCCUCCUGUUACGCUCGAUCCUGGUCCAGGCGAUCAGUAUGUUACUGUUUACAGACCUUACACAGGUACUGGCGUAAUCACUGCACCGGUCACCGUUCGUACCAUUGCACCUUCAGGUGGCCAGCCCGGAACAGUCAUCAUUGAGACCCCCGAACCAGAGACACCUGGCUCUAAUCCAACAGUGACAUUGCCCGCUGGACCUAAUGAGUCUUACAUUACUGUGUUCCGACCUCAUACGGGCACUGAUGUGAUUACUGGCCCUGUCACGACUACAACUAUCGCCCCCGCCAAUGGUCAGCCCGGCACUGUAAUCAUUGAAACUCCUGUUGAGUCUGAGCCUGCCUCUACCCCGGCUCCUGUUGAUUCAGUAACGAGCACUCCUGCUCAAGCUACUUAUGUUACGGUCUACCGCCCUCAUACUGGAGCAGACCGUAUCACUGCGCCCGUCACUGUCACAACCAUUGAGCCGUCAGGAGAUCAGCCGGGAACAGUCAUAAUUGAGACCCCCGAUCGAGAUUUACCUCCUGUGACAACCUCUGCUGGGCCUCUUGCCACCUAUGUUACGGUUUACCGACCCUACACAGGAGCAGACAGGAUCACAGAACCCGUCACUAUCACGACUAUUGAGCCGACCAACGGCCAACCCGGUACAGUUAUCAUUGAGACUCCAGGACAGCAAGCGCCUCCUGUGACGACCAUCCCUGCCCCUGCUACUUACGUGACUAUCACUAGACUCUACACCGGAACAGACCAGAUUACAGAACCAAUCACGACCACUAUCCCUCCUCAAGGUGAUCAGCCUGGUACCGUGAUCGUUGAGACCCCAGGCCAGCAAGUGCCGCCGGUAACCUCAACGCCUGGUCCUGCUUCAUAUGUGACCACCACCAGGCUUUACACGGGUACAGAUCAGAUCACAGAGGCUAUAACGAGCACCAUUCCACCCCAGGGUGAUCAGCCUGGAACUGUAAUCAUUGAGACUCCUGGGCAGCAAGUGGCCGCUGUGACCUCCACCUCUGCACCUCCUUCUUAUGUGACAACGACAGUUCCCUAUACUGGCACUGACCAGAUUAGCGUACCUAUUGUUACUACUGUUUAUCCUCAAGGCGACCAGCCAGGAACUGUCAUCGUUGAAACACAGGCUCCGUUUGUGACAGUCUAUCGUCCUCAUACAGGGCCAGAUCAGAUCACCGGCCCAGUCACUGUGUCGACCAUUGCUCCCACAGGAGAUCAGCCUGGCACAAUCAUCAUCGAGACCCCUGGCGCGGCCCCUGCUGUCACCACCACACCACCCGCGCCAUCGUACGUCACUAUCACCACUUUGUACACUGGAACAGAGAUACUCAGCGAGCCCACUACCGUCACUACGAUUCCCCCUCAAGGAGAUCAACCCGGUACUGUCAUUGUUGAGACCCAGGGUCCUUUCGUGACAAUUUCAACACUUUAUACUGGAACAGGUGUAAUCACAGCGCCGACUGCCCUUACAACCAUUCCUCCUCAGGGAGGGCAGCCUGGAACUGUUGCUAUUGGAACACCAGGAACAUACGUCACAACGACUGUUCUGUAUACCGGAUCUGACUCGAUUACCGGCCCCACAGCUUUUACAACCAUUCCACCUCAAGGUGAUCAACCUGGCACGGUCGUUGUUGGAACUCCUGGAUCUUAUGUCACAACCACAGUGCUUUACACCGGCACCGAUUCGAUUACUGGGUCUACAGCUCUCACAACGGUCCCCCCUCAAGGCGGCCAGUCCGGCACCGUUGUCAUUGCCACCCCCCCUUCGUAUGUCACGACAACUAUUCCUUACACUGGAACCGACCAGAUCACAGCGCCAAUUACAGCGACUACCAUUCCUCCGUCAGGGAACCAACCUGGAACUGUUAUCAUCGAGACUCAGGCCCCAUUUGUCACGAUCUAUCGCCCUCACACUGGUAUCGACAGAAUCACUGCGCCUGUUACGGUUUCGACCAUCGCCCCAUCUGGUGACCAGCCAGGUACGAUUGUGGUCGAAACCCCCGGCGCAGAACCUCCUGUUACUACAUCACCUCCUGCUCCAACAUACACGACGCUUUAUGAGGAGUACUCCGGCACCGAAGAUAUUACUGAGUCUCUCGUUAAGACAACUAUUGAGCCACAAGGAGACCAGCCCGGUACCAUUAUCUUUGAUACUCCUGCCCAGCGAAUUGUGUCCACUAGCGCUGCACAGCCUUCCUAUGUUACCGUUUACCAGCCUCAUUCUGGCCCAGACAGAAUCACCGCCCCUGUUACGGUCACUACCAUCCCUCCACAGGGAGAUCAACCGGGCACUGUUAUCAUUGAAACACCAGGUUCGGAGCCUGCUAUCACGUCGACGCCUGCCCCCGAACCAUCUUACGUCACAGUGUAUCAGCCUCAUACUGGGCUCGACAGAAUUACCGAGCCUGUCACGAUCACAACCAUUCCUCCCCAAGGCUAUCAGCCGGGUACCGUGAUCAUUGAGACACCAGGUGCAGAACCCCCCGUAACUUCAGGACCAGCUCCUGAACCUUCUUACAUCACAAUAUACCAGCCGCACACCGGUCUUGAUAGAAUCACCGAGCCUGUCACGGUUACAACUAUUCCUCCCCAAGGUGAUCAGCCUGGUACCGUGAUUAUUGAGACACCAGGAGCGGAGCCUCCCGUGACAUCGGGACCUGCUCCGGAGCCUUCCUAUGUGACAGUCUAUCAGCCGCAUACUGGAUCUGAUAGAAUUACUGAGCCUGUUACACUUACAACUAUCCCUCCUCAAGGAGGUCAGCCAGGCACGGUUAUUAUUGAAACCCCUGGCUCGGAGCCCCCUGUCACCUCAACCCCAGCUCCUGAGCCUUCAUAUGUGACGAUCUAUCAGCCAUACACUGGCACAGAUCAGAUAACUGCUCCAGUCACACUGACCACCAUCGUACCAUCUGGGGAUCAGCCUGGAACCGUUAUCAUUGAAACACCUGGGUCUGCACCUCCAGUCACAUCAACCCCUGCCCCCGAGCCUUCAUAUGUGACAGUCUAUCGACCUCACACACGCGCAGAUCAGAUCACUGCACCGGUCACUAUCACAACCAUUGAGCCUCAAGGGGGCCAACCAGGAACUGUGAUCAUUGAGACACCUGGCUCGGAGCCAGCAGUGACAUCUUCACCGGAACCUGCCCCUCAACCUUCGUAUGUGACAGUGUAUCGAUCUCACACUGGUGCUGACCAGAUCACUGCGCCGGUCACAAUUACGACAAUCGAGCCUCAAGGGGACCAGCCAGGAACCGUGAUUGUCGAGACACCUGGCUCUGAGCCUCCUGUUACCUCGGCACCUGCUCCCUCAUAUACCACCAUCUACGAGCCUUACACUGGUACAGGCGAGAUUACAGGCGAAGCCACCGUCACAACUGUUCCUCCUCAGGGUGAUCAGCCAGGUACUGUCAUAAUUGAGACACCGGGUCCGCAAACCGCAAACAAGGGAGCGAACCCUCCUCUGACUAUUCCUGCUGGGGACGAUAGCUAUGUGACGGUCUUCAGGCCAUACACAGGAACCCCUAUGAUAACAGCGCCUGUCACGGUCACGACCAUCUCUCCGUCUGGUGGCAACCCAGGUACCGUUAUCAUUGAAACACCCGCACCUGAAGCUGCAGCUACAUCGGCACCCGAGGAUGUUUACGUUACCGUCUACACCAUUUACACUGGCACUGGCCAGCUUACAGCGCCAACCACGGUCACAACCAUAGCUCCUGUCUCCGGAACUGGUACUAUCAUAGUUGAGACUCAGGCUGAGGCUACUACUCCUCCGCCCGUCACGAUCCCGCCUAGUGACAACAGCCCCAACAUCACCAUUGUGCGUCAGUAUCCUGGCCCAGGAAUCAUCACUGCCCCUGUGACCUCUUACGAGCCACCAAGUACGCCUGGACAGCCUGGAACGAUCAUCAUUGAGACUCCAGCCCCCAUUUCUGAGACUACAUCUGAGGCACCAGGCACCAAUGUUACUCUCUAUACCUUGGCUCCCCCAGGCGUCAAGAUUCCCAUCACUAGUUACGCACCCCCACAAACACCCGGACAGCCAGGAACUGUUUUCAUUCAGACUGUGGCCACUGAUGCUGAGUCUACUUCCGAGGAGGGCAGGAACGUGACUAUCUACACCGACGGUCCUGAUUCUCUUACUGCCCCGUACACUACCUACUAUCCUCCUGGCUCCCCUGGAGAUCCCGGAACCGUGCUCAUUGAGACUCCUCCUCCAGUGCCAACUGGUCCUGCCUCAGUAUCGGCAGUGCCGACCACUGAUGAUUCAGCCAGCAGUAUCACAACACCUGCUUCGAGCAACCCCGACGCGCUCACCUUGACUCCGAGUGAUAGUAACGAUGACUUUACCGUCAUUGAACCCAACACCAGGUUCGCUGAUGCUAGCGGGAAUGUCACGCAGAUUAUUCCCGCAACUGAUGGAACCCCCGGAACACAGAUCAUUUACACACCUGUGGAUACAUCGAGAGACUCAUCCGUUGGUGCACCAGAUACUGAUAGUUAUGUUACCAUCAGUGCGACAGUCACUAUUCCUGGCGAUCCCUCAACACGUACCGGGUCCAACUCCGACGCCGGAAGUGACGCAGGUACCACAGGCGCGGAAACCAAUGUCAUCGUUAUCCCCCCCAGUGGUACUGAGCCAGGAACCGUUCUCUCGCAAACUAGUGUUUACUUGGACCAGGCCUUGGCUGAGCACGGAAAUGUGACAAUCACCAGGACAGCUCCCAGUGGUGUUACCACAAGGUUCACUACCUACUCGCCCCCAGCCCAACCAGCUGAUCCAGGGACCAUCAUCAUUGAGAUCCCAGACUACAAUGUCACCAUUACGAGGGCAGCUCCUGCUGAUAUCACGACCACAAUCACAACCUACUCACCUCCUGCAACGCCUGGCGACCCAGGUACUGUCAUCGUCGAGACGCCUGAUUAUAAUGUCACUAUUACUCGCGAGGCACCCGCAUCGAUUACAAGUCUCCGCACAAGCUACGCUCCUCCCGGAACUCCUGGCGAUCCUGGCACCGUAAUUGUUGAAACUCCAAAUAACGACUACAACGUGACCAUCACUCGCGGCGCCUCGAUUACAGCGCCCUUUACCACAUAUUCGCCUCCUGGCGCCUCAGGAGAUCCUGGCACCAUUAUCGUUGAGACCCCGGAUUAUAACGUCACCAUUACCCGAGAGGCACCAGCUUCGAUUACUGAUGUGCGGACGACAUACAAUCCUCCAGGCACUCCAGGCGAUCCAGGAACUGUCAUCGUAGAGACACCAAACAAUGCCUACAACGUCACUAUCACAAGGGCAGCUCCCGCUUCGAUUACAAGUAUAUAUACCACCUACUCCCCUCCAGGCGCUCCUGGUGAUCCCGGCACAGUUAUUGUUGAGACACCUGACUACAAUGUUACUGUUACUCGUGGUGCCUCGAUCACGGCCCCUUUCACAACGUAUUCGCCCCCAGCUACACCUGGUGAUCCCGGUACUGUCAUUGUCGAGACACCUGAUUACAAUGUCACCAUCACACGAGAAGCACCAAGAACCGUCACAACCUUACGCUCAUCAUAUGCCCCACCUGGCACUCCAGGUGAUCCGGGCACCGUUAUCAUCGAGACACCUCUUGGUCCUUACAACGUGACGACGACUCGCGGUGCUUCAACAAUUACGGCGCCGUUUACAACCUACUCGCCUCCUGAUGGGCCUGGAGAUCCCGGCACCAUUAUUGUUGAAACUCCUGAAUAUAAUGUCACUGUCACCAGCGACGCUGAAUCUACGGACGCUGCAACAGAUGUUGUCACCAGGUACAACCCUCCAGGCACUCCAGGUGACCCAGGUACCAUCGCCAUCAUCAUGCCGAACCAGAGGGUCGUGUCGACUUCUCAAGAUACUUCCACUACUGAAGCUCCUGGACAAAACGUCACUGUCUACAGGCCUGGCCCACGAACUAUGACUGGUCCUGUCACUUCAUACAUACCUCCUGCGAGCCGCGGAGACAACGGUACGGUAAUCAUCGAGACCCCUGGCCCAGCCACUCCUUUCAACGUGACAAUCACCCAGACUAUCAGUACCAUUACAGCGAUCUACACUACCUACUCGCCGGCCGGUGCUGAAGAUGAUCCGGGAACUAUCGUCGUUGGAAUGCCGUCUGAUCGAAAUGUGACCAUCACAGAGGAGGUCAGCACUAUCACGGCCCCUUACACAAAGUACUCUUCCCCUGGCUCGCCUGGCGAUCCCGGCACUGUCAUUAUUGAGGUGCCCCCCAACCACAAUGUGACUGUCACUGAAGUCAUCAGCACUAUCACCUCUCCCUACACAAAGUACUCCCCGCCUGCAAACCGUGGAGAUCCUGGUACAGUGUAUAUUGGGCUGCCCCCAGACUCAAAUAUUACUAUCACAACUGAGGUGGAUUCGAGAACAGCGCCUUAUACCACCUACUAUCCUCCCGGUUCCCAGGGAGAUCCUGGCACUGUUCUUGUUGAAUUGCCUCCUAGUCGCAACGUCACCAUCACGACCGAAGUCGCGAGUCGAACUGCGCCUUAUACAACAUACUCAGCGCCAGCUAACAGAGGAGAUCCGGGGACAGUCAUCGUAGAGAUGCCUCCUGACAGCAACGUCACAAUCACCACCGAGGUGCCCAGCAGGACAGCCCCUUACACCACGUAUUCCCCACCAGCGAAGAAGGGCGACCCAGGCACAAUUAUCAUUGAAUUGCCUCCUGAUCGUAACGUGACGACUACAGAAGAAGUCCCUACGUUGACCGAGGCCUAUACUACUUAUUCACCACCGGGCAACCGCGGUGAUCCCGGCACUGUCAUUGUACGACUCCCACCUGACAGGAACGUGACUAGAACGACCGAGAUUGCUACACUGACUGCUCCGUAUACAACCUAUUCUCCACCUGCAAACAAAGGCGAUCCGGGUACUAUUAUCAUUGAAUUGCCUCCUGAUAGGAAUGUCACCACUACGGAAGAGGUCAGCACAAUCACCCGUGUCAGAACAACAUAUAUGCCUCCCGCCAACCAAGGAGAUCCCGGCACAGUCAUUGUUCAAGAGCCUUCGGAUACCAACACCACUAUCGUUGAUGUCGUGCCCACAAUCACACGCCCGGCCACUCGGUUUGUACCAGCUGCCACGAAGGGUGAUCCAGGCACGGUCUAUAUAGAUGUGCCGCCGAACCACAACGUGACAAUGACCACAACUGUCAGCACAAUCACUCGACCAAGCACAACGUUUGAACCCCCUGCCACUGAAGGCGAUGCCGGCACAGUGCUCGUCCAGAUGCCCCCUGAGUACAAUGUCACCACAACACAGACCAUUGAAACAAUCAGUAGGCCAGUCACUCGGUACUCUAGCCCUGCUGAGAUUGGCGACCCUGGCACCGUGUAUCUAGAUCUACCACCCGAGUACAACGUCACCGUCACAACCACGAUUUACAGUAUCACACGACAGAGCACAACCUUUGCUCCUGGUGCUACACAAGGAGAUCCUGGCACUAUCAUAAUUGAGAUGCCUCCUGAGUAUGAUGUGACUACAACACAGACUGUUGAGACAAUCAGCAGACCAGUCACUCGGUACUCGAAGGCCGGCACUGUCGGCGACCCCAACACUAUCUAUGUUGACCUUCCGCCGGAAUAUAAUGUCACCAUAACCACAACAGUCCCCACAAUCACGAGACAGUCAACGGCAUUUGCUCCUGCUGCCGCUCAAGGCGAUCCUGGAACUAUCAUUAUCGAAAUGCCCCCCGAGUAUAACAUCUCGACAACUCAAACUAUCUCUACGAUCUCGAGACCCACCACCCGUUACUCUCGUCCAGAUACAGUUGGAGACCCCGGUACCGUGUACGUUGAUCUACCGCCGGAGUACAACGUCACUAUCACCACGACCAUUGAGACCAUCACAAGGCCUUCAACCACCUUUGCCCCAGCUGGAACCCAGGGCGAUCCUGGUACCAUCAUUGUUGAGCUUCCCCCUGAUUCCAAUGUCACGGUCUCAUCAACAGUCCCUACCAUCAGCCGCCCUGCCACACGCUUUGCAAGCCCUGCAGCCGUGGGUGAUCCUGGCACUGUUUAUGUUGAUCUGCCGCCAGAGUAUAACGUCACCACAACUGAGACUGUUAGCACUAUCAGUCGCGUCCGCACAACCUUUAAUCCAGCCGCAACCGAAGGCGACCCAGGCACUAUUCUAGUCGAGGUUCCAGUGGACUACAACGUCACUACCACUGAGUUGAAUAGUGCGAUCAACAGGGUUAGGACUACCUACAUGCCUGCUGGUACACAAGGUGACCCGAAUACCGUCCUUGUUGAGAUUCCUCCUGACUACACCAUCACAACUACUGAGACUGUCAGUUCAAUUACUCGUGUUCGAACUACUUACAUGACUGCCGCGACGCAGGGUGAUGCAAACACGGUUCUUAUCGAGGUCCCGCCGGACUACAAUGUCACAUCCACGGAGACCGUCAGUUCGAUCAACAGGGUCAGGACGACUUAUAUGCCCGCCGGAACCCAGGGUGACCCCAACACAGUUCUUAUCCAGGUUCCACCUGACUACACUGUCACAACUACUGAAACCAACAGUGGUAUCAGCCGUGUGAGGACCUCAUAUAUGACUGCUGCAACACAGGGUGAUCCCAAUACGGUCCUCAUCGAGGUUCCGCCGGAUUAUAAUGUUACAUCAACCGAAACCAUCAGCACGAUCAACAGGGUCAGGACCUCAUACUAUCCUGCCGGCACCCAAGGAGAUCCUAACACGGUUCUCAUUCAGGUUCCUCCUGACUACACUCUGACAACGACAGAAACCAACAGUGCUAUCACUCGGGUUAGGACCACGUAUAUGUCUGCUGCCACUCAAGGCGACCCGAACACAGUUCUCAUUGAAGUCCCACCGGAUUCCAAUGUGACGACAACCCAGACCAACAGUGAAAUUAGCCGCAUCAGGACCACCUAUAUGCCAGCCGGUACUCAGGGUGAUCCCAACACCGUACUAAUUGAGGUCCCUGUUGACUACAACGUGACCACCACCGAAACCAACAGUGCGAUCACGCGGGUUAGGACCACCUAUAGCGCGGGUGCAACUCAAGGCGACCCUGGAACAAUUUUGGUUCAGGUCCCAGUUGACUAUAACGUAACAACCACUGAAACUGUCAGCACAAUCAGCCGGGCUAGAACGACAUAUAAUCCCGCCUCUGUUCAGGGUGAUCCUAACACAGUCCUUGUGCAGGUGCCUGUCGACUACAAUGUCACUAGCACCCAAACAGUCAGCACGAUCAGUCGGGUCAGAACGUCUUAUUAUCCAGCUGCCACUCAAGGCGACCCCAAUACAGUCUUGGUUCAAGUCCCGAUGGACUACAACGUGACAGUUACCCACACAAUCACCAGUAUCAGUCGUGUCAGGACAACAUAUGGUCCUGCUGCCACACAGGGAGACCCUGGAACCAUCUACGUGGACGUACCGCCGGAGUAUAACGUCACUGUCACAUCAACUGUCAGAACCAUCUGGGUAAGGCUGCCGCCUGCAUAUAACGUGACAACCACUCAGACCGUCCCCACGAUCACUCGUAUGUCUACAACAUAUGCUCCUCCAGCUACACAGGGUGACCCCGGAACUUUCAUUGUGCAGGUCCCCCCUGACCGUAAUGUCACUACCACUGAGACUGUUCCCACGAUAUCUCGACCUGCAACCAGAUAUGUGGCCCCGGCUACUCAGGGAGAUCCAGGUACAGUUGUGGUGCAGAUGCCACCACAGUACAAUGUCACGACAACACAAACAGUAUCAACUAUCUCUCGCGUGGCUACUGCAUAUAACCCUCCAGCUACGCAGGGAGAUCCAGGUACUAUUGUUGUGCAAAUGCCCCCUUCGUAUAACGUCACGUCAACACAGACUGUUUCAACCAUAUCCCGACUUACAACUGCAUACUCAGCCCCUGCUACGCAAGGUGACCCCGGAACCGUCUGGGUCCGGGUACCUCCUGAGUACAACGUCACGUCCACGACUACAGUCUCAACUAUUUCCCGACUUACAACCACAUACGCACCUCCGGCUACUCAAGGUGAUCCAGGCACUGUCAUCGUGAGAGUACCUCCAUCUUACAAUGUCACCACGACGCAGACCGUGUCAACCAUUUCACGUGUUGCAACAGCUUACUCGCCGCCGGCCACCCAAGGAGAUCCUGGUACUGUCAUUAUACAGAUGCCUCCAGCUUAUAAUGUCACUACUACAACAACUGUCUCAACUAUUUCCCGGCUUACAACAACUUACGCACCGCCAGCUACCCAAGGCGAUCCAGGUACCUUCAUUGUGUGGGUACCUCCCAAAUACACUGUCACGACGACACAAACAGCCAGCACUAUUACCCGACCUACUACUGUCUUUGCGCCUGCACAAACUCAAGGCGAUCCCGAUACUGUUAUCGUGCAAUAUCCCCCUCCUUACAACGUCACGGUCACUACAGCAGGACCGACAACGCUCACUGCACGAUACACCACAUACUCACCACCUGGCCAACCUGGCGAUCCCGGUACUGUCAUCGUCGAGAUGCCACCGAGUCGCACAGUCACAAUCACUACAAACGGCGGCACUACAAUCUCUACCCCUGUUACCUCCACUUAUGCUCCGGGUCAGCCUGGCGACCCUGCCACCGUGGUCAUCGCAACCCCAGCUCCCCGAUCUACUACAUCUACAACAUCUUCCAGGCCGCUCACCACCAGCAGCACCACGACUACUGCGCCGGCAGCCACCGUCUCCUUCAAUUGUGAUGUUUACGGUUACCUCAUGCAGAAGACGGCUCUCUACCGUGUCGAGAUCACAUCUGGUAAGACGACUCUUAUCAAGGGUGAUGUCGGCCCUGGUGGUUGGAUUAACGCCAUCGGCUACAACCGUUUCGACAACUACAUCUACGGUAUGCAUAUGGACGACACGGGUUCUCAAGUUAUCCGUAUCGGUGGCGACGGUGGUUGGACACUUCUCGGCACUCGUACCAAUGAUCGUCUCGUUCAGAUGGGUGAUAUCGAUAACCAAGGUCGCUUCUGGAUCUCGAACCAGGGUGAAGGCUGGUGGUGUAUCGAUCUCAUGCCAGGCUCAUCUACUUACGGCAAGAUUCUCAUGAGCGGCACCGCCAAGAACCCCCUCAACUCUGCCGAUUGGGCCUUUGUCCCUGGAGGAGGCGACUUCAUGUACUCCAUCAUGUACGACGACCAGGGCAAGACGUCCACACUGUGCAAGUUUAGCCGUACAUCAUACACAUGGACAACUAUCCAAGGCUUCGGUAUGAUUGCUGGUCAGAACGUAUGGGGAGCCGCCUAUGCCUCACAAGACGGAACCCUCUACGGUUCAGAGAAUACCAGCGGCCAGAUCUGGAAGUUCCCUAUCGCCCCUUCGAUUGGAACUCCAAAGUUCGUGGCAACAGGUCCAUCGUCGUCCUGGAACGAUGGUGCAAGAUGUAUCGACAGUCAGACUCUAUAA